AUGACUUUCUACCUCGUCACCUUCUGCUGCGCCUUUGCCGCACUGGGAUCAUUCCUGUUUGGCUAUGAUUCUGGCAUGAUCUCUUCCAAUAUCGAGCAGGAGGCCUUUCUGCGCCAAUUUGUGUCUCCGAACUCGUCUGAUGCCGCCGUUAGGGGCAUCAUCUCCUCGUAUAUCGGAGGCGCAAUUGUGGGCUCGGUCCUCGCUUCAUAUGUUUCGGAUUACUAUGGCCGCCGAAUGGUCCUCUUCAUCGGAGGUCUUCUUGCGAUUCUGGGUGCUGGCCUCCAGGGAGGCGCGGUCACUAUCGCAAUGCUUAUCGCCGGUCGAUGCAUCGCGGGUCUGGCAGUCGGGCAGAUGUCUGCCACUAUUCCCGUUUAUUGUAGCGAGGUUGCCCCACCACAGAUUCGGGGGAUGUUAGCUAGUAUGCAGCAAUGGAUGAUUGGCUCGGGGUUCGUGGUUGCUCAAUGGGUGGGAUACGGGUGUACCCUUCGAGGUGGAGCCUUCUCCUGGCGUUUUCCACUCUCCUUCCAGGCCGUGCCAGCAAUAAUCCUCGUCUGUGGCGUAUGGUUCCUUCCAGAAUCGCCAAGAUGGCUCAUGGAAAAGGGCAGAGAAGGAGAAAGUCGCUCAGUCCUCGCUCGUCUUCAUCUCAACCGGAGCGCAACCAACAACCAUCUACUCGAACACGAGCUCUUCCAAAUCACUGAGAGCAUAGCAUCCGAGAAGCAAUCCGUCAUACGGUCCUGGCGGCACCUUAUUCUCUCCCCGCGCUGGCGACACAGGAUCCUCUUAGCCUGUGGUCUGCAAUUAUUCACCCAGUGCGCAGGCACAAACGUAAUCUCAAGCUAUGGCCCACGGCUCUUCAACACGCUCGGGCUUACAACAUCAACAUCCCUCAUAGUAAUCGGAGUCUGGGGUGCGCUAGCUCAGUUCUGGAACACGGUCUUUAUGUUCUUCAUCGACAAAGUCGGACGUCGGAAACUGCUCAUCCCGUCACUGCUCGGCAUGGGAGCAGCGCUGUGCAUCGAAGCCACGCUCGCGCGGUACAUCGAUUUCAGCGAUACCAACGCCAACCCACAUGCUCUGCGAGCUGCAAUCGCCAUGUUUUUCGUCUUCUCGUUCUUCUUCACGGCCCUUGGCAUGAUCUCCUGGGUCUACCAGACUGAGAUCUUCCCCACGCCCAUUCGAGCGCGCGGCUCGUCUAUGGCGACCGCCACGAACUGGAGUGUUAGCCUUAUCUUUUCGCAGUGCUCGCCUAUUGCAUUGACGGAUAUCGGGUCCAAUUAUUUAUAUUGUUUUGUCGCGUUCAAUUGGGUAGCGAUGGUUGUUGUUUGGGCCUUUUAUCCUGAGACUGCGCAUUGUUCUCUUGAGGAGGUCGAAGAGGCUUUCGUAACACAGUUUGCUGCUGAGCCGUCGGAGCAUUCUUUUGUUAAUGAGAACGCUCCGGUGGCUAUUACACCGCGCUCGCAGAUCCGACAUAAGGGGCUGCAUCCGCUGUCGAUGCAUCCUACUGAUACUGUUAGUAUUGGCAGCAGUCACAGUGGGUCUGGGAAUGGGAUGGAAAGCAAGGAGGUUUAG